AUUAUAGUUGGAAUCUUCUUGUUCUUUGAUUUUUCAUUGUCAAUAUACAAAAUAAGCUUAUCAUUUUCCUUGUUAUACUUUUAUGCUGCCUUAAAAGCUUUGACAAACUUGGCUCUGCUUUUUCUUGAAGCUUUAUUACUUGUGAAUUUUUUUCAAGAUUCAUGGUGGGUUUGUAGUUUGUACAGUUCUUGCUGUUGGUGUCAAAGAUUUGAGGGAAAAGGUAAUUACAGCUUUUUAUGAUUCUUGGUUGUGCUGUUGGAGUUUGGUGAGUUGGUGCCAACAUUGACAAGAUGUUUUCUUCUCAGAUGCCUGAGAAAGCUGGAAAUUUUGGGUGGGGUAUGAGGUCUAAUAACCCCAAAGUUCAGUGGUGGUUUAAGCUAUUGACAAUGGGUGUUUUUCUUGGGAUCUUGAUUGUGUGGGGGAUUGAUGGUGUUAGUGUGGGUAGUUUUCAGAGAGAUUUUGUUUUGUUGAAGGUGAAUAGUUCAAGAAAGUUUAGUCCUGGCUUUAAAGAUUUUAGCUUUACUAAUAUUUCUUUAAGACCUCAUUCUGUAAAUACUCAACAGAAUUUGAAUCGAGAUUUUGCCCGAAAAAAUCUUGCUCCUAAAGUUGAACCUCAACCAGUUAAUUUGACUGGAAAUCAAGGUAAUGCCCCUGAUUUCAGUCUUGAAAUGGUAUCUAAUAAGGAACUGGAAUGGGUAGAGGAUUCAAGACCAGGAGUUUUUAGGUGGAUUUCAGCUGAAUUAGAGGCAAACUAUUCGUCGAAUCUUCUUACUAAGUGGUUGGCUCCUGGUGGCGAGCCGUGUAGGGAUUCAAGAACUGUGGAUGUGAAAAUCCCUGCUUUGGAUGGUCGUGAGAAUAUUGAGUUGUCAACUGGGGAUAUUCAUGAGUUUGUUUUUCAUGCAUUGGAUGAUUCUGGAAAACCUCAUUGUUUGGGUGGUGAUUAUUAUGAAACUGAUAUUUCUGGUGAAACAUGGAAGUCUAGGCCUCCAAUGAAAGAUUUUGGCAAUGGGACUUAUCAGUUUUCCCUGCAAGUCCACCCUGAUUUUGCUGGAGAUUACAAUCUUACAAUCAUCCUACUAUUUCGACAUCAUGAAGGCUUGAAGUUUUCGCCUGUAAGAUUUGCAUUUGACAAGGUUCUGCGCGUGAUCCCAAUCAAAUUCUCCAAGUCCUCUGUUGAUUUACCUGAAAUAUCUCAAUGCAAGAAGUCAGAUCUUGUUAGAGAUGUUUGGUCUGGUCGAUGGACUCGUCAUGCCAAGAAUGAUAGCUGUCCAAUUAGUAGAGAUGGGAGAUACAGAUGCCAAGAACCAAAUUUCCCAUGCCAAAAACCAUGGUGUGAUGGUCCAUUGGGAUCCUUGGAGAGCAAUGGUUGGGUAUAUUCAACACAUUGUUCAUUCAAGAUGUUCUCAAGUGAAGAAGCAUGGAAUUGUUUGAAGGAUCGUUGGAUUUUCUGGUGGGGUGAUUCGAAUCAUUGUGACACAGUGAGAAACAUCCUUAAUUUCAUUUUAGAUGUGAAUGAUAUAAAGGACGUCCCAAGAAGAUCUGAUUUGAACGUCACCAACCCGAGGAAUCCAUCACAAACAGUUCGAUUUACUAACAUUUUCAAUGGGCAUCAUAACCAAACAGGAAAUUAUCAAGGCUUGAAUUCAUUGAGAGAUGCUGGCUAUAGAGAACUUUUGAAAGGCUACUUCUCUGGACAUGUUGUUCCAGACACUAUAAUCAUGAAUUCAGGCUUACAUGAUGGAGUGUUUUGGCCUAAUGUUAGGCAUUUCAUGGAAGGCGCGGACUAUGCUGCAUCAUUCUGGGCUGAGGUAUUUAAUGGGGUAAGGCAGAGAGGGUUGACACCACCCGAAGUCAUAUAUAGGACCACAAUUACCACCGGAGGAUAUGCUAGACAAUUAGCAUUCAAUCCAAGUAAAAUGGAGGCCUUCAAUGGUGUAGUCUUGGAUAAGUUUAGGGCAUAUGGUUUACUUGAUCGCGUCAUUGAUGAUUUUGACAUGACUUAUCCAUGGCACUACGACAACAGAUGCAAUGACGGGGUGCAUUAUGGCCGUGCUCCUGCCAAGUUGAAGUGGAGGGAUGGCCAGAUUGGGCACCAAUACUUUGUGGACGUUAUGCUUGGUCACGUGCUGAUCAACACGUUAUGUGCAAGAUAGAUGAUGGCGAGUUACCUUCUGAGAUGCACAGGUAACCUUCAAGCAAUUGAUGGUGCAUUUCAAGCUUGGUUACUAGAAUUGAAUUUUGCAAGUUAUAUUCUUGAUCUAUUUUUAUGUAUCUUACUGUUAUUAUGUUUUCUGGAUUUUCUUCCACGUUGUAGGCCAAUACUAGAGGUUGUAUAGGUGAAUACUAUAGAAUAGUGUUUAUUAUUCAUUUUUUGAGCUUCUUGUAGUCCUUUUUGCUUGGACUAGUGUAAGAUGCUAUGAAUAUUACUAUUACCAUUUGCUCCAUUUA